UUACGAAGCUCAGUUGUUGCCGCCAGUUGCAGCUGUUCGCAUCGGCUCCAGAAUUUUUUUUGCUAAUUUGAAGCCGGUUUAUCUUUAUUGUUUGUCCCGAGAUUCGUUGCGUCUUCGUCCUUGCUUCGCCUUCAACGCGUCUUCAAUUCUGCGUCCUUUCAAAUCGGUUCGACGGUUGAAGAUCUUUUUAUUAUUGUGGCAUUAAAUAAUUUGUUCGGAAGACUUAUUCGAUUGAAUCAGUGUCGUAGGAAUCAAGAGAUUGAGUUAUUCGAACGCGAUUUAAACGUUGUUUUAGAUUGAUCGAACCAAGUUUGAAUAUUUAUCGUCAUCGUCAUCUGGAUCGACAGUGAUAUUUCAAAUGAACAAACGAAGAUUGUGGUGUUGAAAAUUCGAACGAUUCUUAACGGUUUUAAUUUUAUUGAUAGGGUUAAUUCAUUGAAAGUGUGUAGUUGUUCCAGGUGUGAUUCAUUUUUUUUCUUGACUUUUUUGUUGGAUAACAUCGUUUUGGAAUAUCUGGGCCUGUUGUCAGUUAUGCAGCUGCUGCUUCUUCUUCUUCACAUGUAUGUAGAUUAUAUACUAUACGGUAUAUUAUAUACGUGGGUUGAAUAAACGAACAACUAAUAUAAUACUUGCUUGACAAGAAAGCAAAGGGUUGAACCAUUGCGGGAACGACGCUCCUCUUAAGAAUAAGACGAAGAAGCGUCUUCAAAGAAUUACACUAAAAAUCGAUCAACGGGACAUAAUAAUCAGUGAUUUCCUUAUUUUCUUCAAUAUAUAUUCAUAAUUUAUUUCCACGAUACAAUUGUGCUUCUCUAGUGCAUCGGUGAUGUGCGUUGUAGUGGAAUUCAUGGAGUAUAAAGUAAAAGAUAUGCAGUUCAUGUGGCGUACAGGAGACAUUAAAUUUAAAUGUAAUAAAUCGAGAUAAUGAUUAUGCAUCGAAACCGAUGAUCAUUACGAUAAUAAUAAUACUUAUCAUAUCAUAAUAGUCGUGGUUUUCUGUGACGUCUUUUGUCAAAACGUACGAAUUGGUUGCUGCUGCUGUUACGGGUUUUGUGUGCACCGAAAAAUCCGAACCUCCUGAAAAUCAACAGAAUGUAGCACGAGGGGUGGCCAAAAAAGCGACUACCGUUGGAGCUGGUAUGCUGGUAAUUGACUGGCCCAGGGCGAGGCUAGACGGACAGGGAAAAAGUACCCGAGGGCCGCGUACCCUGGUGGAUAGGUGCGCGAGAGGCGAGGUGGAGGAGGAGGGGGAGGAAGAAGAAGAAGAAGAAGAAGAAGAAGAAGAAGAAGAAGACGAAGAAGAAGAAGAGGAGGAAGAAAAAGAUCACGAAGAAGAGCAAGAAAGAGAGGAAGAGGAAGUUGAAAAAAAAGAGGAAAAGGGGUUGGAGGUAGGAACGACCUCGGAAGAAGAGAGCUAUGCACACAAAUACAAAGAUUAUUCACUUCGGUAUAGAGUGAAAAUUAAGAAGUAUCGAAUGAAAAGUGAAAGUGAAAAUUGGUUUUUAUAUUCUUAGUCCCCCGCCAAAGUGUGCGAGUACUACAUGUGCUCCGUGAAGGGUCCUGACACAUUAUACGUAUAUCUUAUUAGCGAUGUAGAUGAUUUUUUUUUCUCUUCUUUUUCUGACUUACCCAAAUAUAAAUCUUUAAUUAAUAUUAAAACAAAAGUACAAAGAAAAUGAUCGAGCUUAUGUGCAGCAACACCCUUAGCCCGGGCACUUCCUAAUAUCGGUCAUUAUCGGUUCCCUGCAUUAUUAAAUAUAAUAAAAAUAGUUUACGAAAAAGAAAUAUAUAAAAAAAAAGAGCAAGUUAUACAGUUGUGAAAUAACGGAAAGAGACACUAAAUAUAUUAACGAUGUGAUUAUUAUACCGAUGCAGAUUACAUUAAAGCUGCGGUAUAAUAAAUUCUUUAAGGUCAGAGUUGGCCAGUUAUGCUGAAACACAUACUGACCGGGCAGCCGGCAACGGCCACCUCAAGGCAGCAGCAGCAUCACCAUCAUCAUCAGCAGCAGCAGCAACAUCAUACUAACGAAUUUUCAAACGCUUCGUCGUCAGGAUCUACCCUGCAUCAUUUACAGACAUCUUUGAAUAAUUCAACGGCGAAUGGUAACGCCGUUCAUCACCAUCAACUACAUCAUCAAGAUUUGCAGCAUCAGAUUCAACAGUAUAAUAGCAAUUCUAGUACACAUCUGCAUCAUCACAAUCAGCAUAGAAAUAAUGCACUGUCCACCAUACGCGGGGGUAGCGCCGAUGCCUAUGAUUCUAUAGGUGGAAAUUCAUCGACUCAUAUCAGCAGAGCUGGAGGUCUUAUAUCUCAACAUCCAGCGACUAAUACUCCGUCUUCUAGCCACCAUCCUUUGAAUCAUUCGCAAUUGAGUGUGAAUAAUUUGUCACAGCAAAGAUUGCAGAAUCAUUCGUUGCUGCAUUCCCACCCUUUGAAUCUGUCGACUCUAUCGACUUCUAAACAUUCGGUCGACAGCGCCAGUCCUGUAGGGGGAAUUGGAUUGGUUAAUAAUGUUUCUUCGUUGCAUCACCAUCAUCACAACCACGGACUUCCUCAUUCCUCGUCGGUUGAAAGAGAGACUCAUGGAGACAGGAGUAAAGUAAACGGAGGACUAGAUAUAACAAGGAUAUCGAGGCUACCGAGCCAUGCUACGCCAUCACCUGCUCCUGUGUUAAAUUCGGGAAAUGUUGGGAGAAUUCAGACUGGUUCUUCGAUUGCUGGACCGAGCAUAGUACCUUUGAAUACGAGCCUAACAUCCUCCCUUUCGCAUCAUCAGUUUCAGAGCAGUAGACAUCAGCAAGAAGCUGCGGGUGUAAAGGAAAUGUUAACAUCAUUGGGAUUGCUGUGCUUGGUAUCUUUACUACUCGCAUUAUUGUCCCUUAUAUUUUUGCUAAAAAUAUCACCCCUGAACGAUACACCUUGUAGCAGUCUUAUUUGCCCCGAAGAAUACGCCAUCGUUUACGAAGUGACCUUAGCACUUUGUGCAUUAGCAUUGUCGCUUAAUCUCUGCUGUCUUCUCGUCUGCGCUAUACAAUUUUUGUUCGCCGUUGAACUCGUCAAGUCUUCUUAUCAGGGGCAUAGAACGAACAUUUACCUGCAACAAUCAUCCAUCAGUAGGGUUUGUGCCGUUGGAGGAUUCUUCAUCAGUAUACCUGUAUUUCUUACUGGUAUGAUAUUGUAUACCUUUAUACAGUUUCAAUUAACGCCAGCGAUAGUAAUGUCGGUUUUCAUCGGUCUGGGGAUAAUAUUCUGUGGCUGCGCAAUGGUACACAACGUCUUCGUGUGGCAAAGGGAGAAGACGAAUGCUGUAAAAGCUCUUGCUCGUGAGCAAUGCGAGGCUGCUGCAGCUCUCCAAAGACAGAAGAUUCAGCAACAGCAGCAACAACAGCACAGAGACCAGAAUUCACAACCGCAAAGUCAGCACCAGCAGCAUCAUCAAAGAGGUUCAGCCCUGCAAUCGACGCUACAAAAUUCUAAUUCUACAGCUCGAAUGGGUCAAAAAUCCAACGCUCUAAGCCCAAAUCAUUCAACAGCGACUCUUAGCUUGCCUCACUCUAAAGGUCAGGUUUACCAUCCCAACAAUCACAACCACCAUCACGUUUCCAUGUCAAUGUCAAUUCCGCAAACUAACUCCUCUCAACAUAAUCAUUCACACCAAAUUGGCUCUCAUCGGAGUAACGUAGCGACACCCCCGACACCAGGAGGAGAUCUUUCGCCACCUAGUCCUACGCACAAACAUAAUAGAUCACACACUCUUGCUAGAGAAAUCAGCGGUAGUAUUAGUCCAGGACUUCCGACAGCUACUUUGGAUCUUAGCAGUGCUGCUACGACUAACAGUCCUCAUGAAUUGUCGACUCUUGUUUGAAUAAAAUUUUUAAAAAGUUUCUUCCUGAAUUGAAGAAAAUAGGGGACGAUGCACUGUCUUAUUAGCUUGCCAUUGUAAAUAAAAUUGUUUUUAAUCUACUACAAUUAAUAUUAUUGAUGAUAGUAAUCAUUGCGGUGAAUCAAAAGCUUAAGCAAAGCGAAUAUCCACAGAUAAUAUAGUAUAACAUAAUCUUCCAUCAUUAAUUUAUUCUUUCUAGUUCUAUAUACCUUUUAAUGUUUCUUAGGUGUUGAGGAAACACACAUAUUAUUUCAUUAUUAUAUUAUUAAUAAUCUGUACAGAUGCCAGAGAGCAAAAGAGAGCGAGAGAGGGAGAACGUAAAGUAGCAAAAAGCGAGAGAGAGCGAGAGUAAGGGAAAACGACCCGAUCAACGGGCUUUGAUAUAAAUGAAUAUCAAUAUCUCCGGUCGGUAAAUUUUGGAUUGCCUUUUAGGAAAAUUUUUGUCACAGUUUUAAUAAUGAUAAAAAUUGGCCUGUUCUUGUUUAUAUGGUUCGUUUGGUUGUAUUGUACAGGGCAGGGUAAAAAAAGUGAAUAUAUGUAAAUUAUAUAAUUAAUAUAAAGAAAAAAAAGUAAUAAGCAAAGAUAUACUAUUAUUAUGUAUACAUGUUUUUGCCAUUUUUGUAAGUAGUCUAGCUUUAAUCGAAUCUACCUUCUUUAUAUAUAAAUAUAUAUAAUUUGAGUAGAAAUUUGUACACGUAGUAUGUAGUAUUAUAUAUGUAUAUAUUUUUAUAUACGAAUAUAAUUACAUAGAAAAAACAAUGAAUAAUGAGAAAAAAUAAAAAUAAAUAACUUAUUGGGUCCACAUAAUAUAAAGUAAUAUAAUAAUUUUGCGGUACAAAAGUGUUUUAGCUUUCUGUACUACUACUAUAAUAUCAGAAAACCAGUAAACGAAUGACGAAAAAAGAAAAAAAAAGUACAGUUCUGUAGUUCGUAGUUAAGAAGAAAUAAAUUAUUCUAAAACUUUAA